GAGGGGUUGCCUUCAAUCCCAAUCCCACCCCGUCUUCAAAGGACAGUCUCCUCCUUUGACCACCUCCCCACCUCCACCCCCUCCUUCCCUUCCCCCCGUCUUCCUCUACCCUUCCCUCCUCCUCCUCCUCCUCCUCCAAUCAUCACUCCGAGCACUUAAUUCUCCUUUAUAAGAAGACAUCAUCUCUCUACUUUCUUGAUCCAUUGAUGGUUAUCCCUCCAAGCCUAACCCCCCAGGGCAGGAAAGAAUGGGCGCAUGCUUCUCCGCGGACACCAAAGUAAGCGGCGGCAUCGUGCCUACUCGCCUUAGGCCGAUAGGUCAGCCGCAGAAGCAGCAGCAACCGCAGCCAGAGCAGAAUAAUCAGGCACCGCGGGAGAAGCAACAGCAGAAUGACAGAGGCAAUAAGCGGCGGCCGUGCGGGCUUCUGUCGUGUGGCAAGAGGACCGAUUUUGGGUAUGCGAAGGAUUUCGAGAGCCGGUAUUCGAUCGGGAAGCUGCUUGGGCAUGGGCAGUUUGGGUAUACAUUUGUCGCCACCGAGAACUCCACCGAGGAGCGGGUGGCGGUGAAGAGGAUAGACAAGAGUAAGAUGAUCCUUCCUGUUGCUGUGGAGGAUGUAAAGCGGGAAGUAAAGAUACUGCAAGCCCUGAAAGGCCAUGAGAAUGUUGUCAAUUUUCAUAAUGCAUAUGAGGAUGAUUCCUAUGUGUAUAUAGUCAUGGAGUUAUGCGAGGGAGGUGAAUUACUGGAUCGGAUAUUGGCCAAAAAGGAUAGUCGCUACACUGAGAAAGAUGCUGCAAUAGUAGUAAGACAGAUGCUUAAAGUUGCAGCUGAGUGUCAUUUGCAUGGUUUGGUACACCGAGAUAUGAAGCCUGAGAACUUUCUUUUCAAAUCAACUGAAGAGAACUCACCUCUGAAGGCAACAGAUUUUGGCUUGUCUGAUUUUAUAGAGCCAGGGAAGAAAUUCCAUGCUAUUGUUGGUAGUGCAUAUUACGUUGCACCAGAGGUAUUAAAGCGGAAGUCUGGCCCUGAAUCUGAUGUUUGGAGCAUAGGGGUCAUCACUUAUAUUCUUCUUUGUGGAAGACGUCCCUUUUGGGAUAGAACUGAGGAUGGAAUAUUUAGAGAGGUGUUAAGGAACAAGCCUGAUUUUCGUCGGAAACCAUGGCCUAGCAUAAGCAACAGUGCCAAGGACUUUGUUAAGAAGUUAUUAGUAAAAGAUCCUCAUGUUAGACUCACUGCUGCUCAAGCUUUAUCACAUCCAUGGGUGAGAGAAGGGGGCAAUGCAUUAGAGAUACCAUUGGAUAUCUCUGUUCUAUCAAACAUGUGCCAGUUUGUAAAGUAUAGCCGUCUAAAGCAGUUUGCUCUGAGGGCGCUAGCAAGUACUCUUGAUGAAGAUGAGCUAGCAAAUCUUAGGGAUCAAUUUCAAGCAAUUGAUGUUGAUAAAAGUGGUUCAAUAAGCCUUGAUGAAAUGAGACAGGCACUUGCCAAGGAUGUUCCUUGGAGAUUAAAGGGACCACGUGUUCUGGAGAUUCUUCAAGCUAUUGAUAGCAAUACCGACGGACUUGUUGACUUCACUGAAUUUGUUGCAGCAACUUUGCAUGUGCAUCAGAUGGAGGAACAUGAUUCUGAGAAAUGGCAUUUACGUUGUAAAGCUGCUUUUGAUAAAUUUGAUGUGGAUGGAGAUGGAUAUAUUACACCAGAGGAACUUAGAAUGCAUACAGGGUUGAGGGGUUCUACCGAACCAUUACUAGAGGAAGCUGAUAUUGACAAAGACGGAAAGAUUAGCUUGUCUGAAUUCCAUAAGUUACUAAGAACUGCAAGCAUGAGUUCCAAUGUUCCUAGUCCAUCUGGUAUAAGGAAUCCUCAGAAGUUCUAACUCCCACUGGGUAGAGGAAAAAGAUUGGCAGGAGUCAUAAACAUUACCAUUUCUAUAAUGUUCUUGCCAAAAAUUCUGAGGCUCAUUAUCAAGAACCAUAUGAGAUGGUUUUCUUCUCAGCAUGGGUGAAGUCUUCAAGUUGCUAGUGAGAGAUGAAAGGAUCAUUGGUAAAAGGAACUGCAAGAAAGCAUUAAUGGCCCGAUGUAGUAAUUUCGUGUCUUGCAUGGUACAUUAUGUGCUUAAGUUGAAGGGUCUCCUCCAUCUUUCAUCACGAAUGAAUGUGUUAGUGUGUAUCCUAUUGCAAGUUGUUCCUACUGACAUUUAUCCAAAGGAGAAGCAACACGGGUGGAAUGUGAUUCACCCACAAAUAAUUAUUUCUAAAGAGUUUAGCAGAUAAUGCAGAUGAUGGCUUGAUUGGAUUAUCAAAACUAGUGAAUGCAGACAAAAUAAUGAGCCUUAUCCAUCCAUCAAAA